AUGGCCAGCGUUGUAGCGGGCGGUGUUUACGUCAAGAGUCGAGGUGUUUUCGCGCGCCGGUUCGGCCGGUCUAGUGGUUCAAUUCCUUCAUCGGCAGCUGCUAAAAAUGGAACGACUGGGCUCGACGCCGGCGCUGAUGGACAUGCAGGUUGGGAUGUCGUGGCGUUGGCGUUUGGCUCGGACAUACCCAAACCCGGAGGCGGAGGCGGACCAUCACUCCACGUCACGACACAGCUGCAUGGCAGGACGACGCUCUGCGGGAGCAGCUCAAAGCAGCAGUUGGCAGACCACAAACAAUCCUCCGGUGGACCUAUCACUUGCACUCCCGACAAACGCCUUCAUGCACAGUCGGACUUUUUGUUAUUUGCUUUCUAGACCAGAUGUCAGACGUGCUCCGCCAAAUGUCUCUCGGCUCCAAGUCAGAGACCUACCUAUUCUACCCUAGAGCAAAAAGAAAAUCAAUAUUCCUUGUUCCACGUUCUGAUAGAACACACGCCACCAUAUCAAAUAUUUUCCGGGACUACGGACUACCUCGUUCAGCUAGGCUAUCCAAUCUGCCCCCAGCACCAGCACCAGCACCAGCACCAGCACCCCCGCCCCCAAGCCUCUCACCUCCAAUCCCCAAACCCUACCCCAAAGGCCCCCAAAGAGCCAAACAAAACAAACAUCCUCCCUCACACCUCCCAACCUAUCACCACCCCACACACCCUCAGCCAGCCAAGUCGGCACAUCCUUCCCUCCCCACCUACCACCCACCAACCCACCUACCACGCACCGACCACCCCACCCCAACACAAACGACACCGACACCCGCCCAUCACCGCCCAUCACCAGCCCACAGCCCGCCGCCACACCCGCGCAAAAGCCAGAGCCAGCCGUGCCAGCGCCAGCGCCAAAGCCAACCCCAAAGCCAAAGCCAACAACCCAAUCCACACGCGUCGCGACGCGCGUCGCCCCAUCCCCUCGCUGGCACCUGCAACCUGCACCGCACAUCACAUCCAACCUAACCUACCUAACCUACCUACUACGUAUAAUGCUAUU